GCGAUGCGCUCAGAGCUUGACGCGUUUCUCGUUCAACAUGGCUUGCAGAAGUAAUUGUACAACUCUAUACCCCCUUUACUUUGAGCGUGCAUCUCCUCUUUUCACCCGCAAACCUUGAGCUCCUCUUUUCAUGAUACGUUCUGUACAUAAGUUUGGUCCUUUCGUUGCAUAUCGAACGGCACAGCGAGCGGCACUUGUCUCGCAGAGCUUUCGCGCACUUCCCUAUCUUUCCGUCAUGCCUCCAAAACGCAAGGCAUCCGCAGUAGCUGCGUUGCCUGCGGCCACUGAAGCGCCCCUCGACCGUUCAAAGAUUCGCCGCUCUGAAGUGCCCCUGCCAUCGAAUGCUGCAGGAAAGGAGAAGAAGCCACCACGCCGACAAUCUUCCCGUGGGGGGGCUGCAGUCACAAAUCCAGACACUAAUCCUGAGGUCCUUGAUGCGCCCAAUGCUCUGCGGGCUUCGCCUGAUGGGCAUGAGUGCGCCGAAGGAGAAGCCCACCUGCAUCAGCACGACAUUGACGCCGGCGAUGCAGUAAACGGCGUCAAUGCGGCCUCAGCUAAGCCCUUGAGCUCGCAGAAUGCAGCCACGGAGGUCAAGGCAGUUCCAUCGACGGGUACCGAGAGCAUUGACGAAACUGGAGCCACUUCUGCAGCGCCAGCAGCCGGCAGAGCCAAGAGGAAGAAGGCUGGCGCCGCGCAUGUGAAGACAGAAGGUGGAGACAGCAAUAUCGCGCCUACAAAUGGCGUUACAAGGAGUGUCACUGCCCCUGCAGAGGAUGCGGGUGUUACUGGCGAUCUUGAAGCCGAAGGGGUAGACGGCGAGGAGGGCGACGAAGUGGAGCUCAAAGAAGCCCUAGCACGGCCGCCUCCUGUAAACUCUGAAUACCUUCCUCUUCCGUGGAAGGGGCGUUUAGGAUAUGCUUGUCUUAACACCUACCUUCGAAACGCCAAUCCUCCCGUGUUCAGCUCCAGGACGUGCCGGAUCGCGAGUAUCAUCGAACAUCGGCACCCUCUGAGGGACCCUUGUCAGCCCGAGCAUGCCAUCAAGAACCGCCCCGAUAGGGAUCAACCGGCUGAUCAUGCACGGGGACAGAAGUAUGUUGAGGAGCUGGGCCUGGCCAAUGUCAGAGACAUCAUCAAGAUGAUUCGAUGGAAUGACAGAUAUGGCAUCAAGUUCAUGCGAUUGAGCAGCGAGAUGUUCCCGUUUGCAAGUCACGAAGAGUACGGUUACAAGCUUGAGCCUUUUGCUGCAGAAGCUCUGGCCGAAGCUGGAAAUGUCAUUGGUGAGCUGGGCCAUAGAGUCACAACACAUCCUGGCCAGUUUACGCAGUUGGGAUCGCCACGGAAGUCUGUCAUCGACAACGCCAUUCGCGAUCUUGAGUAUCACGCCGAGAUGUUGUCUCUGCUGAAGCUGCCGCCACAACAAGAUCGCGACGCUGUCAUGAUCAUGCAUUUGGGAGGUGCUUUUGGCGACAAGCCGGCAGCCCUUGACAGGUUUCGUGAGAACUACGCAAGGCUCUCGGACGAGGUCAAAAAGCGCCUCGUUCUUGAGAAUGAUGAUGUCGUUUGGAACGCUCACGAACUGUUGCCUAUGUGCCAGGAGCUUAACAUACCUUUUGUGCUUGACUUUCAUCAUCACAACAUCCUCUUCGAUAAUACCAAGCUUCGAGAAGGCACGAAAGAUGUGAUGGACAUGUUUCCUGCAAUUCUUGAAACUUGGUCAAAGAAGAACAUUACUCCAAAGAUGCACUAUUCUGAGCCGUGUCCAGGUGCCAUAACUGGGAGGGAUCGUAGGAAGCACUCACCGCGUGUGAUGACUUUCCCUCCAUGUCCAGAUACGAUGGACUUGAUGAUCGAAGCCAAAGAUAAGGAACAAGCUGUCUUCGAGCUCAUGCGGACGUUCAAGCUACCAGGUUUCGAGCGCAUCAACGACAUCGUGCCGCAUCAGCGACCAGACGAGAACAAGCCCUGGAAGCCAAAGCCGAAGAAGAAGCCCAAGAAGGGCAAGAAAAAGACUGACGAUCUUGAGGACAUUGACAUGAAGCUUGAGGAGGUGGAAGAAGAGGACGUUCCUCCUCCCAUCAUUCCUGACGAGGAGGUGGGCAUGGGCGGGCCUGAGGGACGAGUGUAUUGGCCGCCCACAAUGGAGGAUUGGCUUCGACCACCGAAGCGGGUGAUCAAGAAGAAAGAGGAGGGUACCGCUACUCCCGCCAAGAAGAAGCAGAAGACUGCAGCCACCGACAAUGCCUCCGUCACUAGUGAAGCCGCAGCCCUUGACGAAGUCAAAACUCCAGCUAAGAAGUCAGCGCCCAAACGGGCUGCUAGCUCAACAAAGAAGAAGGCACCGAAGGCCGUUCCUACACCCUCCCCAUCCGAUGACGAAGAUAGCCUUAGCUCACCACCGCUCAGCGAUUUGGGCGACGAGGACGAGGUUCCUGCCGUGCAGAAGCGAGCUGCGCGAUCUGCGCCUAUACGGAAGAAGUCAGGCAGAGCUGCUGCGACCAAGGUGAGCUACAAGGAGGAAGAGGCCGACGAGAUGAGCAUGUAGCGGCACACAAGUGCAACAACCGACAUUCGCAGGAGUUUGGAACCGGUAAUUGAAACUAG